GGUUGUUGUCUCUGACAGGAAGCGGUUUUGUGAAUCGUAAACCAUGUAAACACAACACAGUACAGGUGCAAAACCAGGUGAAAAUAAGGUUUAUGUUUGAAUGGAAUGGCAUCACACGCAGGGAAUACUCGCAUGAGUCGAGGAGGUUCUAACAUGGAUGCCACGAGCGGACCGGGGUAUGCAAACACGAGCACUAUGAUUCAAAACAACCCAAAUGAUCCACCGUAUGCGCUCCCACACCAGUAUCAUAACGGCGUGUCCCUGGAAAAAUUCCACAACAUGGGCGUGUCCAGUCGUCCCCACGUGCGGGAGGCGGACUCCCACAGUCGGCAUCACCGUGGGAAGAGUAACUUUGACAACAUCCGCUCGGAAUGCCUCCGGCGCGGACGCUUGUAUGAGGAUCCGGAGUUUUUGGCGCACGAGACCUCGGUAUAUUUCAGCAGAAGUCCGUCUUUCAAAAUUGAAUGGAAAAGACCAACAGAGAUAGCCAGCCACUACAGAUUAAAGCCAGCUUUCUUUCUGGACAACGCCACCAAGUUUGAUGUCAUUCAGGGAGACUUGGGUGACUGCUGGGUGGUGUCUGCCAUUGCCUGUUUAACGAGUCCAGAUCAUCGGGAAUUAUUUCGUCGCGUUGUUCCGGCGGACCAAGGUUUUCAGGAUGGCUGGUACGCGGGAAUCUUCCGAUUUAAUUUCUGGCAUUUUGGGAAGUGGGUUGAGGUGGUAGUAGAUGAUCGAUUACCGACGUAUCGCGGACAACUCAUGUUUGUUCACUCUCUACACAAAAAUGAAUUUUGGGCAGCACUAAUGGAGAAAGCAUAUGCAAAAUUGUAUGGCUCCUAUGAAGCUUUAAAGGGAGGUAAUGUGGCGGACGCUCUGACGGACUUCACUGGGGGGAUAUGUGAGGGGUAUACACUCAGGGGAAGCAAUGCUAACGUUCCUAGGAAUAUUGUCAACAUUUUGUUCAAAGCCCUGGACAGACAGUCACUGAUUGGUUGUGGCAUCAAUCCAGUAAAAGGUCACCAAGGUGAACAGAAACUGCCUAGUGGUUUGGUGGCAGGGCACGCAUACAGUGUCACAGAUCUAAGGGAGAUUUUGUUGAUGACUGACAACAGAGAGACACCUAUCACAUUGAUACGAGUCCGAAAUCCCUGGGGGAACAAAGUGGAGUGGAGGGGAGCCUGGGGGGACAGAUCACGAGAAUGGAACAGUAUUCCAGCCGACGACAGAGAGAAGAUGGGGCUGAUCUUCAGGGAUGACGGCGAGUUCUGGAUGGAGUUUACAGACUUUAUGCGUAACUUUGAUUCGUUAGACGUCUGUAACCUGACCCCUGACUCUCCAGUAGAGAUGCCUAAACAGUGGCACACAGCAGAGUAUCAUGAGCGAUGGAUGAGGGGGUUUAAUGCUGGAGGGAGACCUAAGUACAGAGAUUCUCAUUGGACGAACCCCCACUUCAAGGUGACCUUGUCAGACACAGAUGAGGACGGCGACAAAGUGUGUAGCUUUAUCGUUCAGUUGAUGCAGAAAGACCGACGGAAAAUCAAACACAGGGGAGAGAAGCUCAUCUACAUAGGAUUCCUUGUGUAUAGGUUAUCACGAGAUCACACUGUUCCCCUAAAGAGAGAAUUCUUUGAUACCAAUCAGAGCGUGGAAUCUAGCGGUCACUUUAUCAACAUGCGUCAGAGAAUCGCCCGGCUGUCCCUACCCCCCGGGGAUUACGUUGUGGUACCCUGUACGUGGGACCAGAAUGAGGAAGCCGAUUUUUAUCUAAGGUUCUUUUUUGAGAACAGAAAUGCUGUUGAAGAGGUGGACGAGGCCCCGGUGAGAGAAGAGAUGCCCCUCCCCUCUACUGACAAAGACAAGGAGGAUCACUUCAAACGCUUCUUUCACUCAGUUUCAGGGGAGGACAUGGAAGUGAAUGCGUUUGAAUUACAGACAGCCUUAAACGAAGCUUUACAGAAAGAACCUUUACAUCAUCUCCUGGGACUCCAGGCCUGUAAAUCCUUCGUAGCUUUAAUGGAUGUUGAUGGAUCGGGUAAACUUGGUUUCACAGAAUUCUUGUACCUGUGGAAUUUACUUCGUAGUUGGAAGAGGUUGUUUUAUCAGUAUGAUGUCGAUGGCUCAGGCAUGCUCAACUCGUUUGAGCUCAGACGGGUUCUGGGUGCAGCAGGAUUCAAGGUAGAUAAUUCCACCAUGAGGUCCCUGGUUUGGUGGUACGCGGAUGAGAAAUUCUGUGUCAGUCUGGACAACUACUUCAUCUGUCUCGCUCGUCUGAUGAAACGCUUUAAUGAAUUUAGCAAGUUGAAGAAAAAUGAACAAAUUACCCUCUCUUUGUCACAGUGGUUGCAGAAAGGUGUAUCAUGAUAUUAUCAGGCCACACCCCAGGGGUAAAUGACUAUAUCAAGCUGACUGUGAUAAUGAUCCAGACUCCCAUCAUGCAAUGCAGCAAUUUCAUAUGAAAACUGAGUCCAUGAUGCAAUGAGUGCAAUGCAGUGACAUACGUUUCUUUGUGAAAAGAUAAUAUGCUCAGUUUUAUAACCGAAGUUUUUUUUUUUCUGUUUUAGGGAAUAAACAGGGUUUACAAUGUACAUCAUUUAAAAAAUCUCAGGGUAGUGUAUUCAUUUAUUCAAUACACAAAUAUUUAUAUUAUUAUAAAGGAGUAUUUAAUGAUCUUAUCUUGGUUUGUUUUAGAAUUUGUUUUUAAAAACAAUACAUGACUUCAGACCAUUCCAAAUAUUUAAGAUUUCAUGCAUCAGAAAUCGGCAGCUAAAUCAAUUUACAGUUAAGUACUGGAAGAUAUCAUUCAAAACAUACCCCAUUUAUUUCUUUUGAAGUUUAAACAGUUUUAUUCUAAUUGUUUCAGAAUGCAGUUUAAUUCCUGCACAUUUAAUUUACAUGACUUUGUGUUUGUUGAUAUUUUUAUGUGAUAUUCUAAUAUUAUUCCAUCUUUACAUUUCAUUGUUGUAUUACUGUAUCAGUGUUAUGAAGAUCUGUAUUUUGUUGUUUCAUGCUCUACAUGUAUUUAUUUCUAAUGA